UCCUGCCGUGCGAUUUGAACCCACUAUGACUUGGUUUCAGAAGUAAGUAGGAGGGUCAGAGGCAUCACUGACAGCACGAUGAGUGAACGCUGGCCAGAACUGGAUAUCAGCCCGCGAACCCUCACUUUCAGCUACCCAGCUGCAAAGUGGUCUUCGGCUUGUUAAUGGCAGCUGAGCAAUCGGUAAUUCGGAUCUAUCUUGAAGACAAUUAAACUCCGCACCAUUUCUUGCAAGUUGCGAAGUGCUUAUGGAUUUUUAGAUCAUUCGGGCUUGUCAGGGACGCUCUGCCAGAAAUAGUCAGCAAUCCCUCACCAUUUUGCUCAGUUGAUUGCUGCGUGCGUACUUGCGUCUGUUGAGACCAUUAGCGAGCGGCUGUGAGUGUGUCAGAGAGUGCGGCACACGUGUAGUAGACGGGCGCAGCGCACAAGGGGACGCGGAAUAGCCGCUACACUUCAGCCCGGGGCAGUCAGCGCGGUCCCGCUGCCGGUUUCAGCGCCAGUCACCCAGUUGAACCACCCCCACGAGGAGCCAUCCUCACAACGAGGGGCUUUAUCUUGCCGUGGUCUAGUCUUGGGCUGCUGACAGCGCUGGUCGUAUUGUUGCUUCCAGCCCGAGUUUAACAUUGUUUAACCGAGUUUAACAUUGACACGGGCUAACGGCGAAAGAUGAUAAUCCGCCUCGUCCCGCUCAGUGCGGUGGCAUCUGCUGAUGUGGCGUGAACCUGGAAUCUCCCUCGCCGGAGUGUGAGAGCGAAGGACAUCCUCUUGACAGUUUGCUCCGUGGACAUUCAUUCAAUUCCCGCCACUACACUUUGCAACUGACCGCAAGAGACUGGUGCAUGUGGAUAGUCAAUGCAUCAACUAUGGCAUCAACUAUGGCAGACUCAGUAUUUUUUGAGAAACCGGCCCUAUGCGUGGGUGACUUUACCUGGAACAGUAUGUCUGGCCGCAGUGUUCGACUGAAACCAGUCCCUAUUCAAAGCCUCUCAGAGCUGGAGAGAGUACGCCUUCAGGAAGUGGCUUUUUAUCGGCUGCAGCAAGACUACGACUUGGGCUGCCAGGUUACAAUUCCAAAAGAUGGACAAAAACGGAAAAAAUCCCUGAGGCGGAAGUUGGACUCGCUGGGCAAAGAAAAGAACAAGGACAAAGAAUUUGCAGCGCAUGCCUUUGCAAUGCCAUUGUCCCAAGUGAUUGUCAAUGAUCGAGCCCAUAAACAAAAGCAGGAUGCUCUGAGAGAGGAGCAGAAGGGCCAUUUGGACCUGGUGGCAUCAGUCUUGCCAUUUGGAUCCAAAAGACCCAACAAGGAACUCUCAAGCAGCAAUUCAUCUCUCAGCUCAACCUCAGAAACUCUCAAUGAACCAACAUCACCCAAUACUCCUGAAGCUGCUCAGCGUGUGAGAAGACGGGGUGGGAUGUCUGUGGAUUCCAUCACCGACCUCGAUGAUGAUCACUCUCGACUAUUGGAGGCACUACAACUUUCUCUCCCCACGGAAGUGCCAAACAAGAAAGAAAAGCAGAGAGACAAGAAACUAAGCCUAAAUCCUAUUUAUCGCCAGAUUCCUAGAUUAGUGGACAGCUGCUGCCAACACCUAGAAAAGUAUGGUCUUCAAACAGUAGGAAUAUUCAGAGUUGGUAGCUCAAAGAAAAGAGUAAGACAGCUACGAGAAGAGUUUGAUCGAGGUGCUGAUGUUAUUCUUGAUGAGGAGCACAGUGUUCAUGAUGUUGGGGCCUUGCUGAAAGAGUUUUUGAGGGAUAUACCAGACCCCAUACUUACGAGAGAACUCUACACAGCAUUCAUCAGUACACUUUUGUUGGACCACGAUGAGCAGCUCAGUGCCUUGCAACUUCUCAUUUACCUCCUCCCUCCGUGUAAUUGUGACACCCUCCAUAGACUUGUGGAGUUUCUUGCCAUGGUAGCAAAUCAUGCUGAAGACGUCCAGGAUAAAGAUGGACAGGAGGUCACUGGGAACAAAAUGACUUCACUUAAUCUUGCCACAAUCUUUGGCCCCAACCUCCUCCAUAAGCAGAAGAGUUCAGACAAGGAGUUCAGUGUCCAAAGUUCAGCUCGGGCUGAGGAGAGUGCUGCCAUCAUCACUGUCGUUCAGAAGAUAAUUGAAAACUAUGAAAUAUUAUUCAUGGUUCCCCCGGAGCUACAGAAUGAGGUGCUGAUGAGCUUGUUAGAGACGGAUCCAGAUGUUGUGGACUACUUGCUGCGGAGGAAAGCAUCACAGUCGUCGAGUCCAGAUUUGAUAAGGGCAGAAGUCUCUUAUACUUUGGGAGGAAGACACUCGUCUACUGACUCCAACAAGAUCUCAAGUGGAGAGGUCUCACCCUAUGACAACAACUCUCCAGUACUCACAGACAGGCUAUUUGUACAAAGGCCAGACGAUCUCAGCACUGGUUCUGAGAAACUCUAUAAAGUUCCUGAACAAUAUACUUUAGUUGGACACUUAAAAUCCAAAUCCAGGGACAGCUCUCCUGUUUCAUGGCCUGAGAAAGGUUUGUAUGGCGAUAUUUACCAAAGCAGUCCAUUACAACAAAGACAGUGUUCUCUGUCCCAGGGGAACCUCACAGUGGACUGGCCUGUGCCUCAGGCUUCUUCCACGUUGUCCCUAGACAAUACAAAGCUGCCUGUGCGAAGAACUCAUACAACUGCAGGGGCACCAGAGUGCCGGGGCCACCCUCCUGUGAGUCGUAUCUGCAGUAGUCCUCAAGUGGCAGGAAGUAAGAAAAGUAUUCAGCGGAUCCCAGAUUCACUGUGUCUCAGGCGUGACCUGCGUUCCACUGGAAGUGCAGAAGAAAUUCUUCAGAAGACCUCAGAACCCUCUUUCUUGCAUAAAAAGCCAUGGUUGACCUGUUUCAAGCAUGGGGACAUCAAUCGCAAUGAGACUCGGCCCCCACCCCCCUACCCCAGUGCACUGAGGCAAAGUUCUUUGAGUAACUCCAUUGCACAUCAAGAACAAGCUUUGUCCAAACUUCAAAAGACCCAGCAAAGCUCAGCGCCGGCAGCAGAACUGGAGGCAACAUCGCUUGGGCAGUCAACAGCCAAGCCCAAAGAGCAGGUCUUGGUUUCCUCCAACAAUGAGAAUGAAACCUGGUCCAAUCAGUCAAACAAUAAGAACAACUUAACAGAACCUAACUGGGUGGAGUGGCAAAGGGAACGAUGGCAAAUUUGGGAGCUUCUAUCCACGGACAAUGCAGAUUCACUACCAGAAACUCUAGUAUGAUAGUUUGAUCUGCUCGUAAGCAGGCUUUAUGUGGAUGUCAUUUUAAUAAUUUUUUUUAAAUCAAAUUCAUCGUAUCAUUUACACAAAACAUAUUUUUAUAUUUGUGUGAUAUUUUAACUUUUACUCUUCAGGUGUAAAACUACACAGUCUUUAACAUUCACGUAAAAGCCAGUGUGUCUGUCAGCACCUAAAACACAAGCAUAGGACAAUACAUUUGAAUGUUGCUUUAUGCAUAAACUAUACA